AUGGCACGAUGGCACAGGACAGAGAAGAGCGGCGUAGCUAUAUACAAUUUCAAAGGCAUAGGAGUGCCACAGCUAUCUCUACAGAUCGGUGAUGUGGUCCAUAUCUUGGAGUCCUGUGAAGAUUGGUAUAAGGGUUAUCUAAUAAGAUACAAAGGAGCAGAGGGAAUAUUUCCUAAAUCCUUUAUCCACAUCAAGGAAGUUACUGUUGAAAAGAAAAGACAUACAGAAAAUAUAAUACCUGCUGAAAUUCCUUUAGUUCAAGAAGUUACCACUACUCUCUGGGAAUGGGGAAGCAUCUGGAAACAGCUCUAUGUGACAAAUAAGAAAGAGAGGUUCCAGCAGGUGCAGUCAAUGAUGUAUGACUUAAUGGAGUGGCGGUCACAGCUUCUCUCCGGGACUUUGCCAAAAGAUGAGCUCAAAGAACUCAAACAGAAAGUCACAUCCAAAAUUGACUAUGGGAACAAAAUACUUGAGCUAGACCUAAUAGUUAGAGAUGAAGAUGGAAAUAUCUUGGAUCCAGAUAAAACCAGUGUCAUCAGCCUAUUUCAUGCACAUGAAGAAGCAACUAAUAAAAUUUCUGAGCGAAUUAAGGAGGAAAUGUCGAAGGAUCAGCCAGACUAUGCAUCGUACUCCCGGAUGUCUUCAUCCCCCACUCACAGCCUGUACGUCUUUGUGCGGAAUUUUGUAUGCCGAAUUGGAGAGGAUGCAGAACUCUUCAUGUCAUUAUAUGACCCACAGAAAUCAACAGUCAUAAGUGAGAACUACUUGGUGAGAUGGGGGAGUCGAGGCUUUCCAAAGGAAAUUGAUAUGCUCAACAAUCUUAAAGUAGUGUUCACAGACCUUGGGAAUAAAGACCUUAGCAGAGACAAAAUUUAUUUAGUUUGUCAGAUAGUUCGAGUUGGAAGGAUGGACCUGAGAGACAGUAACUCAAAGAAAUACACACAAGGACUCCGACGACCUUUUGGAGUGGCAGUCAUGGAUAUUACAGACAUCAUAAAGGGAAAAGCUGAAUGUGAUGAAGAAAAGCAGCAUUUCAUUCCCUUUCACCCGGUAGUGGCAGAGAAUGACUUUUUACACAGUCUCCUAAGCAAAAUCACUGCAUCAAAAGGAGACAGUGGUGGACAAGGCCUCUGGGUAACUGUGAAAAUGCUUGUUGGAGAUGUGAUUCAGACCAGAAAGGACUACCCACACCUUGUAGACAGAACCACUGUUGUUGCCAGAAAAUUGGGAUUCCCUGAAAUCAUCAUGCCAGGAGAUAUAAGAAAUGACAUUUAUAUUACAUUGAUGCAGGGAGAUUUUGAUAAAUACAAUAAAACAACUCAGAGAAAUGUGGAAGUGAUAAUGUGUGUUUGUGAUGAAGAAGGAAAAGUGUUGCCAAACGCUGUCUGCUUGGGAGCAGGGGACAAACCUGUGAGCGAGUACAGAUCAGUUGUUUACUAUCAGGUCAAACAGCCACGGUGGAUGGAGACGCUGAAGGUAGCAGUACCCAUUGAAGACAUGCAGAGGAUACAUCUGCGCUUCAUGUUCAGACACAGGUCGACUCAAGAGUCUAAAGAUAAAGGUGAAAAGAAUUUUGCAAUGGCCUACAUAAGACUAAUGAAGGAGGAUGGAACAACUCUUCAGGAUGGCAUCCACGAUUUGUUAGUGCUAAAGGGGGACAGUAAAAAAAUGGAGGAUGCUAGUGCUUACUUGACUUUACCUUCUACACGUCAGCAGAUGGAGAGCAAAGGAGCAACCACAGUCAGGAGCUCCAGCAUUGGGGGGGGACUUUCAGUAAGCUCCCGAGAUGCAUUUAGCAUUUCAACCCUUGUUUGUUCUACAAAGUUAACUCAGAAUGUGGGUUUACUGGGUCUCUUGAAGUGGCGUAUGAAGCCAGAGCUGCUUCAGGAGAACCUGGAAAAGCUGAAGAUUGUGGAUGGAGAGGAAGUUGUGAAGUUUCUCCAAGACACACUGGAUGCCCUGUUUAACAUCAUGAUGGAACAUUCCCACAGUAAUGAGUAUGACAUCCUUGUCUUUGAUGCAUUGAUCUACAUCAUAGGGCUCAUUGCAGACCGGAAGUUUCAACACUUUAACACUGUUUUGGAAGCAUAUAUCCAACAGCAUUUUAGUGCAACACUGGCAUACAAGAAAUUAAUGUCUGUUCUGAAGACAUACUUGGAUACUUCCAGUCGAGGGGAGCAAUGCGAACCUAUCCUAAGAACUCUGAAAGCACUGGAAUAUGUUUUCAAGUUCAUUGUUAGAUCAAGGACAUUGUUUUCACAAUUAUAUGAAGGCAAAGAACAAACAGAAUUUGAAGAAUCUAUGAGGAGACUCUUUGAAUCCAUUAACAACCUGAUGAAAAGCCAACACAAAACUGCCAUUUUAUUGCAGGUUGCUGCCUUGAAGUACAUCCCAUCAGUUCUUCAUGAUGUUGAAAUGGUCUUUGAUGCCAAGUUACUAAGCCAACUACUAUAUGAAUUUUACACUUGCAUUCCACCAGUGAAACUGCAGAAGCAGAAAGUGCAGUCCAUGAAGGAAAUAGUGCGCAGCAACCUUUUUAAAAAACAAGAAUGCAGGGAUAUUCUCCUUCCUGUGAUUACAAAAGAGCUGAAGGAAUUACUGGAAAGGAAGGAUGAUCAGCAGCUCCAGGUGCAAGAGAAGAAGUACUGUGUUGAAUUACUUAAUAGUAUCCUGGAGGUUCUGAGCUGUCAAGACCCUGCUUCAACUUAUCACCAUAUUCAAGAUAUAAUGGUGCAGUUAUUACGCACAGUGAACAGAACUGUUAUUACAAUGGGCCGAGAUCCCUUAAUUGUGA